UCUACGCCAGCGCCAGCAUCCCAAGUCUAAUAAAUGUGAUAUUUUUAAAUGUUUUCUCAAAGAAAUCAUGAGUGAUUUCUUUAAAUCCGCACUUGGGUUGAUCAGUGGCUCAACUCCGGGCAGAGAAGAAAAUGAUUUUGUUGGUCAGGUUGUAGAACUGGGCAAUCAAAAAUUGCGUGUCAAGAGAAAAAUAGCAGAAGGCGGAUUUGCGUUUGUUUUUGUUGCACAAGACAAUUCUUCUGGAAAAGAGUUUGCAUUGAAGCGUCUGCUUGCAAAUGACGAAGAAAAAACAAAAGCAGUUGUGCAAGAAAUAAAGUUCUUGAAAAAGUUGACGGGGCACCCGAACAUAGUGCAGUUCAUAUCAGCAGCUUCAAUUGGGAAGGAGGAGUCUGGCCAUGGCCAGGCGGAAUUCCUGCUUCUCAUGGAACUCUGUACAGGAGGUCAGGUGGUUGAUGUGUUGAACAUGCGUGAUGGCCCCCUCCCCAUUGAUGUGGUGCUGAAGAUAUUCUACCAGUCAUGUAAGGCUGUUCAGCACAUGCAUGCACAGUCACCACCUAUCAUACACAGAGAUCUAAAGGUAGAAAAUCUUCUGAUAAGUACUGGUGGUAUGGUGAAGCUGUGUGACUUUGGUAGUGCCACCACAGAGACCCACUCCGUAAAUGAGUCGUGGAGUGCCAUGAGGAGGAGUCUAGUCGAGGAUGAGAUCACCAAGAACACGACCCCUAUGUACAGGACUCCAGAGAUGUUGGAUCUCUACCAGAACUUCCCCAUCAAUGAGGCACUCGAUAUAUGGGCCCUUGGUUGUGUGUUGUUUAUGCUGUGUUUUGGUGUCCACCCCUAUGAGGACUCGGCCAAGCUGCGCAUCAUCAACGCUAACUACCAGAUACCUGAAGAUGAUAAAGAGUACACUGUCUUCCAUGAUCUCAUCAUGGGUAUGUUCCAAGUGGACCCAAGAAACCGUCCAACAAUCAAGGACAUAAUUGAGAGGCUGGAGGAGAUUGCCGAGGUCAGGAAGGUCAAGCUGACUGCUCCCCUGCCACAAGCUUUGUUGUCCAAUGUCCAGAUUACACCACAGGCGUACAACGCUGCACCAAGUUCUGGGCCCAGCAGUGCAGGUCAGCAGACCCAGGAUGGAGCUGGUUCCCUGUUUAGCUCAUUCAAGAUUGGAGCCGGAAACCUCAUGAAGAAUGUAAAAGAUGCCUCAGCUAAAGUGGUGGAAACUGUUUCAUUGACCAUGAAUAAAGGAGAUCUUGACAUAAGUUUUAUCACAUCAAGAGUAGCAGUGAUGUCUUUCCCGGCAGAGGGUGUGGAGUCAGCCAUCAAGAACCACAUAGAUGACGUGCGCACGUACCUAGAGGGCCGACACCGGGGUUGCUAUGCCGUGUACAAUCUGUCACAGAGACAGUACAGGAACAUAAAGUUUGAAAAUAGGGUAUCGGAUUGUGGCUGGCCUAUCAGGAAAGCACCCUCCCUGGCUAACCUAUUUGCCAUCUGUAAAAACAUGCACCUCUGGCUCAGACAGAACCCAAAAAAUAUAUGUGUAGUCCACUGCCUGGAUGGCAAGGCAUCGUCGGCCACUGUGGCGGGGGCGUUUCUCGUGUUCUGUCGCUUGUUUGACGGUCCCCAGCAGGCUCUUACAAUGUUCAGUAACAAACGAUGUUCACCAGAGGUCUCACCCUCACAGAGAAGGUACAUAGAGUACAUGAGUGAGUUGGUAGGAGAUAAACUCUACAAGCCCCACAACCGCCCGGUCAUACUCAACUCCAUCACCAUGGCACCAGUGCCCCUCUUCAAUAAGAUGAAGAAUGGUUGCACGCCGUUUGUGGAGGUGUAUGUGGGAGAGGACAGGAUCCUGUCAACGUCACAAGAGUACGAGAAGAUAAAGGGCUUCUCCGAGGCAGAGGGCAAGGUCACCAUACCCCUGAAUGUCUCUGCCACAGGGGAUAUCACUAUCACUGUCUACCAUGCCAGGUCUACAUUUGGGGGAAAGAUUCAAGGAAAGAUCACGUCUAUGAAGAUGUUUCAGUUCCAAAUCCACACUGGCUUUGUGAUGGCAGACAGGAAAAACCUCAGAUUUACACAGUAUGACCUAGACCAGCUUGACACCCCAGACAAGUACCCAGAGAGGUUCACAGUGACCUUGAACACCACUGUGAGCCCCAAGGACCGACCCCCAGAACAGAAACUACCCUGGGACACCUUCGAUAUUUCAAGACUAUCGCCCAAAAUUCUCUUCUCUAACAAGGAGGAGAUGAGUGAUACCAUGGCAGACUUUGGUAUAUCGGAGCAGAGAAGAGCGCAAUUAUGUAGGUCUUCAAGUCAAAGCUCCAAUGACAGUCCACAACAUGUCCCAAGUGAGAAACCAAAGCAAACAGUCCAGUCGUCACCUCAAAACCAGUCUAGAUUGUCCCCUAGCAACCAGCCAAAAACACAAAACCAGUCCAAGCCUAGGCAAGAGGUCCCAACAGCCAAUUUCUUUGAAACAUUAGAAUGGAAUAAUGGAGGACAAGAUUCAGCAAACGUUAACUCCGAACCUGUUCAAGAGACAAAGGUUUUGACAGAGGCAGAAACUGGUUUAUUAGGAAGUAUGAGUGAUGAUGAGGAAGACUUCGCUUCCUUUGGUCAGCAGAGAAUGGGAGGAAGUUCAACAGAUGUACGAGCUAAUAAGUCAGCCAGCAGUCUAAUAGAUGUGGAACCUAGUGAACAAAAUAGUGACAAUGCUGCACCUCAGUCAAAAACAGAAGAUGUUGAUUUCUUUAACAUGAACAGUGGUGAUAACUUAGCAAACAACAUAGAUUUGAUGCAUAUAGAUAAGACUCCAUCAAAUGUUGAUUUACUCGGAGGAGCUGAGGUUCAUGAUGACAUAUUUGGAAGUGGCUCAUCUGGGAAGAAAAAUGAAAACUCCUUUGAUCCAUUCCAAGCAUUUGAUAAUAAGCCAAAACAAAAUGUUCCUCCAGUGAAAGUUACUGCUCCUGAACGAGAAUUUCACGCAUUUGAUCCAUUUGCAGAUCUAAAUGGUACUAAAGAAGACUCGAGUUCAGUUGGUAAGAGUAAAGCAACAACUGACAGUAGUGGUGAUCUAAUGGGAGAUUGGAACAGCUUUGUAUCAACAUCAUCUAGUCCUAACUUAUCAAGAAAUAACUCAUCUUCCAAUCUUCAAGGGGGCAGUGGCAAUAUUCCCAAUGUAGCUAGUUCUGGGUCAUUCCAACAAAUGGGUAUGGGGGCUAACAUCCCUCGAAACAACAGUGGUACAUUCCGAGGAAUGCAGUCAGGUGUGGGCAUGUCAAGUAACAAUAGUGGAACAUUCCAGCCAAUGGGGGGAAUGGGUCAGGCACAAGGUUUAGGUAAACCGGCAGGACCGUCCAAACCAGCUGAUCCAUUUGCAGACUUUGGAGGGUUUGGAAAGGCAUCACCUGGCCCAAUGAACCAACAGCCAAGUAGCAAACCUGUGCCACAAGGGGGAAAGCCUCCCAUGGGGUCAGGAUACAAAGGUGGUCUACAGCAACCCUGGCAACAGCAGCAACAACCACCUAAACCCAAGCAGCAACCACCCAAACAGACACCAGGUGCUGGGCAAGGUGGUGCUGGUCCCAGGGGCCCACAAUCUGGGCCCAACUACAACCAGGGCAGUGUUUUUUCAAACCGAAGUGAUGCAGGACAAAAACCAUUUGGACCACGUCCACCAAGGAAUGCUGGGUUUGAGGAUCUGUUACCACAGGACAGUACUUUUACAAAGAAAGAUGAUGGCCCAAAGACAAUAGGAGCCAUGAAGAAGAAAGUCAUGGCUGAGGAAAUGGACCCUAUUAAACUCCAGGUGAUGGAGUGGACAAAGGGCAAGGAGCGUAAUAUCCGAGCUUUGUUGUGUUCUCUCCACACUGUUCUCUGGGAGGAUGAAAAGCGCUGGAAACAGUGUGGCAUGCAUGACCUUGUCUCCGCAGACCAGGUGAAGAAAAUGUACAGGAAGGCUGUGCUCUCAGUACACCCCGAUAAGCUAUCUGACUCGCCUCAUCUGGAUCUGGCUAGGGAAGUAUUUGUUGAGUUGAAUGAUGCCUGGGCCCAGUUUGAAGAGGAGGGAAUGAAGUCACUCUACUGAAAUGUGUACUCAUAAUUUCGUGUACAAUGUUACUUGAGGUUUUAACGUCACUCUGCUGAAUAAUGAACAGAGUCUUAAUAUCAGUAUUUGUGGAGUUGUUCAGAAGAAACUGUGUUCAAUUAAAUAUUGGGAAGCAACAGAUUUUUCCUUAAAAUGUCUUCACUCAGUGUUCAUGUUACUGCUAGGGUAACAGACUCCUGUUCCAUUAUUUAAAAACCCUGCUACUUAAAUGUAAUAAAAUAUUUUUUCAGUGAUAUUUUCCUAAAAGAAGCCAGUUAAUUGUCAUUUCACUUAGAUAAUGAUAAUUAUAUGUUCUUAAUGAACAUUUUAUUUCCAAACAUUACUUUUGAUAUUUAAGAAAUAAAUAAGUAUGAUAUUGAAUCAGAAAAGAGUGCAGAUUAUGAAUGGCCCAUUUAUUCAUUGUUUUAUUUCAGAGAUGAUUCAAGAUGGUAGACUUUGUCAUACUUGUUGUGCAAUAAUUAGAGCCAAAAACAUAGUCACAAAUGAUUGUACAUUUUUUUUGCUCCUUCACACCAAUGACAAAUACAUGUAUGUUUUUAUUUAAUUUCUUAUUUUUUGCUACAGAAUACUGACUAUUCUGAGAAAGAGAAUGUUUGGCUAGUUAAGAGUGCUGUCACAUUCUAUAUUUUAUCGAGAAUGCUUUGAUUUAAUCUGAUUUUUCUGUCAUUAUGGUUUACACCGGCAAGUCUUUGCGAUAAUAAUGUGUUAAGUUAAAAAUACAGCCACCAUGGAAAUGAAUUUAUAAAUGCGAAUUUAGACGUUUGUGUCAGAUAUUUGCUAAAUAAUUAAAUAAGAUUUCUUGUUGCGAUCUCUGUUGGAAUGCAGAAGUUAGAUUUGGUUAUGAUUGUGAGUCAGUAUGCUCACUGUUGUAGGGUGUUAAUGUAGGGUAUACCUUUUAUAGUACUAUGCAAUAUAUUGUUGUAAGGUAACUGAAAGAUAUUAAAACUGUUAAGUUAUUGCUGUUAAUUGCUGUUAAGAUGAAUUGACUGAAAAAAAAACUAGAUUUUUAAUUCAAAGUAUUCUUUUGGAUGAUAGACUUUACAUAUUUUUGACUAGUUGUUGAAAUUUUAAUUUUGUAUUCUGUUACUCAUAAGUAAUGUAGGGUUUUAGCCAAGAAUUAAUAAGGACAUGAUGCCACAGAGGGAAAUGCAUCUAAGGGAUGAAAGGGCACAUUGCAUCAGGCUGUCAAGAACUUAAUUAGGCCACUCCUUUUUUAUGUUUUGGUUUACAAGAAUUUUUGGGAAAAAUGUCCACCGGGCGGUCGAAAAAAAAAAAAAAAAAAAAAAAAAAGGAAAAAAGUCACAAAACAUACUCUUAAAGGGUAAAAAUCAGAGAACAACAUAAAAACAUUGAAAAAUUAUAUCAUUUACAUGGCAUUUUAAAUUUUUAAACUGCUAUUAAUGCAUGUUUUAAUACACACAAAGUUUCAAAGUUCUAAUUAAACACAUAGUUUAAAUCUUACAUACUGUGAAACAUAUAAAACAUCAAUGAAAUUGACUAUAAAACAUGUUUACAUGUAUAAACUACACUUUUUAUCAAAGAUACAUUGAAUAUCACUCAGCAAGACAUUUGUUAAGCUUCAAGGGUAUGAUAAAGCAAAAGUGAAUGCAGAACACUAAACUGAACAAUAUUAAAUUGAAAAAAGAGAAGGCAAUUUUACGCAUUAAAAUACAAAAAAAAAAAUGCACUGUAUUAAAACAAUACAUACUAUUUUCUAAACAUUGUUUCAGUUAUUUCAAUAUUGGAAAAUGCCAAUAAAGUGAAAUAAUUACCAAUUUUGUAAAUAAGGAAGUAACAUUUUAUGAAGACAUUUGAGCUUUGUGAAAGCAAUUCCUGAAAAACUAAAAACCAAACUAGACCUAGAUUUGAGUUUUAAUAACCUUUUCCAUGGUGGGUCCUAGUUGUGUGUAACUCGAUCCAUGCUAAGUUCGGAUAUUUUCGGACCGGGAUAUUUACCAUGGGAUGUUCACCAAAUCCAUUUCAAAUUCAAAUCUUGCAGCAAAUUACCACAUCAGUACAUAAAAAUCACGUAACAAAAUAAUAAAUCUAGCAUGUGACUUAACUUUAUGUACCAAUGAUAGUAACAGAGAAAUCCAUAAUCAUGUAUCGGAUAUUUUCAUCUUCUUCCAACUCCGCCAUUUUGUGUAUACACGAGUUCACAGGGCAUCUAUACUUCAUGCUUGUUUAUUUUUCAUUUUAAAGAGUAUUCUUUGGUUACAACAACAAAUCUCAUUUAUAGUGAAAUAUCAAGUUCAUUACAAAUUGAAAUGGACUUAUUCAAAAUAGUUUUCCGUGUUAUUUUAUCUAAAUGUUUUGCACACAACUCAUGGCAUUAGUAUUAAAAUGUCAUUGCUCAAGACAUGUGUUCAACUCUUUCAUUGUUUUUACUCUACUAUUAACCCAAACAUGAAUAAACAUGUAAUCUAGAAUAAACACAAGCUUUACAUUGACUCAAUAACAAGUAUUUCCAAACCAUUUUGUGAUUUCAAAUCCAUAAACACCAUCGACCGAAGUUGUGAAACUAGGUCACCGGUGUCAACUUAGAAAUUUUACUUUCGAUUUCACCACUCACACUUAGUGCACUGUUAUUUGAUAUUUAACCAUAAAAUGUUAUAAAAUGUUUUUCUCACACAUAAUUUACAGAUAUUUGUGUCUACUAAUUCGGUGGCAGCCGCUGACAAUUUUAUUUUUUAUCUAUAAACAACGAUAUUUUCAUGACCUAAAUUGGCGGGGAAUAACAACAAUCACGUGACAGUUAUUGUUUGUGUCGGCUGUUAAAUUUGCCAAUGUUUAUUGCUAUUGUUAUUUUAACAACUCCUGCAUAUUUUAAUUAAUUAUUUCAUACAAAGAAUGACUGCUAUCGUCAAUUCCGCCAUUGCCAUCUGCGCUGCCAUAACAGUUGACUGGCUCACAUGCUAUCACUAUAAAUUGGCAAAUACGGCCACGGAACAACAAAACAGUCGAGAUCUACUGCAUUCGUACUCCUAUCUGUGCGUUUUUCUUUCGUUUCGCACCAAAAUCAAUACGGUCGGGAAAAUAAUUUUGAAAAAAUAGUGAAAUUCAUUUUUUUAUUUUUUUUGUACUUUUCGGAAAAUUAGACCCGCCGGUUUUGUAAACCAAUUUAUAUAAAAGUAGUGGCCUUACUAUGAAAUUGAAAGAAAACUUUGAUGUGUUUGAUGUAUAAGGUUUCAUUUGCUGAAAAUGUUGUUUGUAUUUAUGAUCACAUUAUAAAUUUUAACUGAGCAAAAGAAAUAUUCCUCGGUCUUAAGCAUUUCAUUCUAAGUAGACAGAAGGGUACACAUGCUUGUCUACAUGACAGUAAUAAGUAGAGUAAUAACAAUAAAGAACUGGUUGCAGCACACUCCAAUAACUCUUCGGCUUAAACCCUAUGAGUAGUUGAUAUGAAUUGGUCUCUGUUGACUAGUAAUAAUGUGUUGUGUUGCCAUUGUUUAAUGAUAGCUGUUAACCCCUCUGUUAUAUGUGACUUCAAUAUUUCCCCAUACAAUGCGUGGCAUUGCUGAUCUUGUUGUGCACACUUUUCCUUUUAUAUCAGAUAGUGUGUAUAUAUCUGUAUGUGUUACCUCAGGGUAAUUUCAUUUAAACUAACAACCCACCCCAGGAAGGCAAAUGAAAAAAGUCUAGUGGAUUUGUUUUUCAACCUUUCAACAUUGAAUAAACUGCUAUAGGGAAAUGGGGGGGGAAGUCCAAUUCGCAAAAACCUUUUCUUGGGUUGUCUGUUCAAAUGGAAUAGCCUUGAGCUUUCUGCUGUUGUAAAAAUGUAUAUUUAUUGUUACGAAUUGUACUUGUUUUGUUUAUGGGUGAAAUAGGUUUGUGAUUUCUCAUUUCUUUGCCACAUUUAUUUGACUGUGAUAUGGGUUUCUUUUACUCUGUUUACAUUAUAUUUCAUGUUGUCUAAAUAUGUAGUAAAGUAAAAUUUGUAACUCAGUAUAUGCUAGAAUUAAUAUUGUCAAAGAAAAUUACUUAAGUAAGAUUUGAUUUUAAAUUGGAAAUGGUCACAAGAAACUCUUAAGCUUUCAUGCUAACUGGAUUUUUAUAAUACUCAAAUUCUAAAAUGAAAUUAUUACUGGAGGGAUAAGAUUGACAAGUAUCAAAAUGCAUAUUUAAUCAUAUUCUUAAACUUAGCUGCAGAAAGCUUCUUUUUUAUUAACAUCUUGUGCCGUAGUCGUAAAAAAAAUAGACAGCCUGGGGUUGCUGCCUAUCCCCAUGCAUUGUUCUUGCUGUUAGAAAAAAUAAUAAAUAUGAGAAUCAUCCAAAGUCUUUUAAAAACAUUCAGUUAAGUCAUAUUGUUUUGUAAAUAAAGCUAUGGCUUAUGUAACACAUUCCAGCUCACUUUUGUUGACCACUUAUGAAAUACUAUUGGUUCAAUGAUCUGGGCCCAUUGAAGCUUUUGAAUGGUAAUAUACAUGUAUUAAACUAUUUUUGCCAUCAAUGCUAAGAAAACUGCAAUACAUAUUUGCAGUUUUGAGCCUCAACCUGAACUCGGAUUAAAUAUUUAAAUGAGUUUGGGCCCAAUCGGGUCCAUCAGAACUUCCCUUGUGUGCUGUUCCCUACAAAGUAUCGUUAUGGUAAAUGUACUCACAGAAUUAAUGUCUUUGUUGAUUAUCAUGUACAAAUAAAACAUUGAAAUUACA